GUGCGCGCGCGCGGCCGCUGCUGCAAAGAAGGAAGAGGAAGAGCGAGGAAGAGGGAGGGAGGGAAGGCGAGCGAGCGAGGGACACGCACGGGCGAGGAUCCGUCGGCGCUGCUCCCCCUUCCCCGGCGCCAGCCAUGGAGAACGCGCACACCAAGACGGUGGAGGAAGUGCUGGUUUACUUCGGUGUCAACGAGAGCACCGGGCUCAGCCUGGAGCAGGUCAAGAAGCUCAAGGAGAGAUGGGGCGCCAACGAACUACCAGCUGAAGAAGGAAAAACUUUACUUGAGCUUGUGAUCGAACAGUUUGAAGAUUUAUUAGUUAGAAUUUUGUUGUUGGCAGCAUGUAUAUCAUUUGUGUUGGCCUGGUUUGAAGAAGGAGAAGAAACAAUCACAGCCUUUGUAGAACCAUUUGUAAUCUUGCUCAUAUUAGUAGCCAAUGCAAUUGUGGGUGUGUGGCAGGAGAGAAAUGCUGAAAAUGCCAUCGAAGCUCUUAAAGAAUAUGAGCCUGAAAUGGGGAAAGUAUAUCGGCAAGACAGGAAAAGUGUACAAAGGAUAAAAGCAAGAGACAUUGUCCCUGGUGAUAUUGUAGAAGUAGCUGUUGGUGACAAGGUUCCUGCUGACAUAAGAAUUACUUCUAUUAAAUCCACAACUCUACGAGUAGACCAGUCGAUUCUCACAGGUGAAUCUGUGUCGGUAAUCAAGCACACAGAUCCAGUACCUGAUCCCCGUGCAGUGAACCAAGAUAAGAAGAAUAUGCUCUUUUCUGGCACAAACAUUGCUGCGGGCAAAGCCAUGGGUGUGGUUGUGGCAACUGGGGUGAACACGGAAAUUGGCAAAAUCCGUGAUGAAAUGGUGGCCACAGAGCAGGAAAGGACUCCACUUCAGCAGAAACUAGAUGAGUUUGGAGAGCAGCUGUCUAAGGUCAUCUCACUCAUAUGCAUCGCUGUGUGGAUAAUCAAUAUUGGUCACUUCAAUGAUCCGGUGCACGGUGGCUCUUGGAUUCGGGGUGCCAUCUACUACUUCAAAAUCGCGGUUGCGCUUGCAGUGGCUGCGAUCCCAGAGGGCCUGCCCGCUGUCAUUACCACCUGCUUGGCUCUGGGCACUCGCCGGAUGGCCAAGAAGAACGCCAUUGUGCGGAGCCUGCCGUCCGUGGAAACCUUGGGCUGCACUUCCGUGAUCUGUUCGGACAAGACAGGCACGCUGACCACAAACCAGAUGUCAGUUUGCAGGAUGUUUAUUGUGGACCGAGUGGAAGGGGAUAGCUGUUCUCUGAAUGAAUUUACCGUGUCUGGCUCAACAUAUGCUCCCUUGGGAGAAGUGCAUAAAGAUGAUAAACUUGUCAAAUGUUGUCAAUAUGAUGGCCUUAUAGAACUGGCAACUAUUUGUGCCCUUUGCAAUGAUUCUUCCCUGGAUUUCAAUGAGACUAAAGGAGUGUAUGAGAAGGUUGGAGAAGCUACAGAGACUGCUCUCACUUGUCUGGUUGAGAAGAUGAAUGUGUUCGACACAGAUCUGAAAGGGUUGUCCAGAAUCGAACGGGCCAAUGCUUGCAACUCGGUGAUAAAGCAACUCAUGAAAAAAGAAUUCACUCUUGAAUUCUCCAGGGACAGGAAGUCCAUGUCGGUGUAUUGCACUCCAAACAAGCCUAGCCGGACUGCCAUGACCAAGAUGUUUGUUAAGGGCGCUCCUGAGGGUGUAAUUGACAGGUGUACGCACGUCCGAGUUGGAAACACUAAGGUGCCAUUGACGCUAGGAAUUAAGCAGAAGAUCAUGAGUGUCAUCCGAGAGUGGGGCACAGGCAAGGAUACACUACGUUGCCUGGCUCUCGCAACACAUGACAAUCCACCAAGAAGGGAAGACAUGAAACUGGAGGAUUCCGCUAACUUCAUUAAUUAUGAGACCAAUUUGACCUUUGUGGGUUGUGUGGGGAUGCUGGACCCCCCACGAAUCGAAGUGGCUUCAUCCAUAAAAUUAUGCCGGCAAGCCGGCAUUCGCGUGAUCAUGAUAACUGGAGACAACAAGGGGACCGCGGUGGCCAUCUGUCGUCGCAUCGGCAUUUUUGGGGAAGAGGAGGAUGUCGCCACAAAAGCCUUUACCGGCCGUGAGUUCGAUGAGCUUUCCCCAGCCGUCCAGAGGGAUGCCUGUCUAAAUGCUCGUUGCUUCGCACGUGUGGAGCCUUCGCAUAAAUCUAAGAUUGUUGAAUUUCUCCAGUCUUUUGAUGAAAUCACAGCGAUGACAGGUGAUGGUGUAAAUGAUGCUCCUGCCUUGAAGAAAGCAGAAAUUGGGAUUGCUAUGGGGUCAGGCACCGCAGUAGCAAAGACCGCUUCAGAAAUGGUGCUGGCAGAUGACAACUUCUCAACCAUUGUCGCUGCUGUGGAAGAGGGCCGUGCAAUUUACAAUAACAUGAAACAGUUCAUUCGCUACCUCAUCUCCUCCAAUGUUGGAGAGGUCGUUUGUAUCUUCCUGACUGCUGCUCUGGGUUUCCCUGAAGCUUUAAUCCCUGUCCAGCUGUUGUGGGUAAACCUUGUGACAGAUGGACUCCCUGCCACUGCUCUGGGCUUCAACCCUCCUGACCUGGAUAUCAUGAACAAACCACCUCGCAAUCCCAAAGAGCCCUUGAUCUCUGGGUGGCUCUUCUUCCGUUACUUGGCAAUUGGAUGCUAUGUUGGAGCUGCCACAGUGGGUGCUGCUGCUUGGUGGUUUAUUGCUGCUGAUGGUGGCCCGAGAAUUACCUACUACCAGCUGAGCCAUUUCCUGCAGUGUAAAGAAGACAAUCCAGAGUUCGAAGGUGUUGACUGUGUGGUCUUUGAGUCUCCCUAUCCUAUGACAAUGGCACUUUCAGUCUUGGUCACAAUAGAGAUGUGCAAUGCUCUUAACAGCCUGUCCGAGAACCAGUCCUUGCUCAGGAUGCCUCCAUGGGAGAACGUCUGGCUGCUGGGUUCCAUCUGCUUAUCCAUGUCUCUUCACUUCCUCAUCCUUUAUGUGGAACCACUACCACUCAUCUUCCAAAUCACCCCUCUGAACGUGACGCAGUGGCUGAUGGUGUUGAAAAUCUCGCUUCCUGUCAUCCUGCUGGACGAGACACUUAAAUUUGUGGCGCGUAACUACCUAGAGCCUGGUAAAGAUAGUGUGCCAGCCACCAGCAAACCACGUUCUCUGUCCGCAUGCACCGAAGGGAUUUCGUGGCCAUUUGUGCUCAUUACCUUGCCCUUGGUUAUCUGGCUGUAUAGCACAGACACUAACUUGAGUGACAUGUUCUUGUCUUGACCUGAAGUGAUAAUAGUUUGACAGAAUGAUGUUUAACUUAAUCAGUUUUUUAUUGUUUAAAGCAACUGUCUUAUUCUGCUGAAUUUUCACAUGAACAUAUUUUCCAGUGACUGAGGUUCCAUAUUCUAUACUUUUUGGGUUUUUUUCCCCCCGACUCCAGUGGGAGUGUAGCAUUCCCUCACAUCCCCUGUUUUAUACACAACUAGGGUGUCCAUUGACAUGUACAGAGAAAUUAACACUAUUUUAUGCAAAUAUUUUUUGUAGAGAAGCAUGUACAGUGUUCUGUUUAAUAGUCAACUCAUCCUUGUAAAAACAACAAAAAAGGUGUUUUGUGGGGGGGAGUGCCAGUGGACACUAUAUUGAGCAAACUGUAAUGGUAGCAGAUUUUAGGGAAUGAAUGUUCUUGUGUGUGUUUUUCUUAAACUAAAAGCAUGCAACUUGUGUCUUCUGCAUGGUCAUCUAAUCUUCAUUUGUCAUUUAGCUGGGUUUUUUUUUCUGCACUGGGCAGAUAAAACUGCUACCUCAGGAUUUUUCCUUCUCCCUCCCACACACUUUUUUUUGCGUUUUCCAAUAUUUUUUAGAUUUUGACUAAAACUUGUUUACACCUGUCUAUGAGAGGUAUGCCUGUUCUGGCUGGUGCAGAAAAUACCAUUCCAGGGUUAAUCGGCUAGUAUGUUUCUUUCCCCCCAUUCUCCCCAACACAUAGAUUUUUAAAAAAAAACAACAAAAAUAAAAAAUAUUUAUUUAAAUAUCUUAUGUAUUUUUAUUGUAACAGCAUUGUUUCACCAGCAUUGCCCGCUUUGGGAGGGUAGGGGAAGAGCAGGUAGAGGGAGAAGGCUUACCUGGAUAGACUUCAAGCAAGGAGCAGAAUAUUUUUUUAAUUGAGAAAAUUGUUUUUCAUUUCAUUUUAUACCCUAGGAGCCUGUUGAGUCCAUUAUAAUUAGCAGUAUUUGUCAGAUUAUUUCUGUUCCUUUUUUUAUAAAAUGGAGGCAUUAAUAAUGGAAUCUAGAAACAAACAAUUCUUAUUUUGCACAGCUUGAGUUCUUGCUGGUGUUAUUUUUAUUUUUUGUUAGAUCUUUAACUUUCAGUGCCACAUCUUGGGACAUAAUCUGCAGGCCACAUCCUAUCUCAAGUGGAAAAGUAACAAAAUUUGUGUGUGUGUAUGUGUGUUUUUGUAAAAUCUGUAAAUACCACAUGACCAAAUGAACAUAUUGUAUAGAAUUAUUUUUAUUUUUAACUUGGCACUAACCACCAUCAUUCUAUUGCGAUAAAUGUUAACGCAUGAUGUCGUGUUUUUCCCUUCCAAAUUGAGUCCUGUACCAACAUGUAAGUUCAUUAACCAGUCCUAACUGAGUGGUGUUUCUUUCCAAUGCCUUCCAACAUUCAUCGACUGAAGUGAGUAUCUCUCUUCCAUUCCACCAUUUCAGUGGUGAUGUGCUGUGUAAAAAAAGAAAAGAAAAAAAAAAAGAUAGCCUAUGCUGUAUACAUGUCAAAAAUAAAUGCUAAUUUUUCCUUCA